AUGAACCCGUCGGGCAAGACAGGCCGACGACGGACGCUCGAGGGCACGGUGGGGCGCGACGCCGCACACAAGUGCUCGAGAAUAUAUCCGAAAUUCUGUGUACGGCAAGUAAGGCGUGAAGACAGUCCCCGGAGGCGCGCACGCGGCCGCGUUCAACAGCCCGUGCGCCGACCAAGAUCGAGGAUUCCUCACUGGUUUCAGAACCAGGAAACCAUGAUCUCCAUUUCAUCCGUCCUACUUCUCGUGCUCCUGCUGGCCGCGCCCGUGGCGCGCGCGGACCGCGGCGAGGAUUCCGACGACGAAGAGGCUGCGAUGAACGGCGGCGCCGUCGCAGCGCAGGGCUGCACCGCCUCGCCCCUCGCGGGCUACGCGUGCGUUCACACUGCAACUCCCGGCUUCGACGUGCACUGGGCGGCCCCGGGCGCGGACGGCGUCAUGGCGUUCGCGGUGGAGGCGCCGGCGGACCGCGCAUACGUGUCGCUCGGGUGGAGCGACUCCCCAGGGCGCAUGAUCAACGGCUACGCGGUGAUCGGAUGGGCGCGCGACGGCGCUGCGGCGCACGUUGGGAUGUACAAGAUGGACGGACGCAGCGCUAGCGGCGUCCGCGCGACCUCGGAGGUGACCCUGACGGACGCGUCGAUCUCCGUUACCGGUGGGCGGUACGUGAUGCGCUUCUCCAUCGACCCGGCGCGCGCGAACGCGCCGGCGUUCCGCAUGCUUUCUGCGACUGCGGAGAACAACAUGAUUUGGGCGGACGGGGUGGCGAACGGCGCCAAGGGCUCUUUCGCGACGCACCCGCGGCAGGGUGGGUUCCAGAUGACGGUGUCUGGCACGGUCGCGGUCGCCGCCACGCAGGUCCCGGCCACGAACGGGCCAACGGCAACGGCAACGCUGCCUGCCGCUGGCGGGGCUGCGCCCGCGGCGCCGUCGCUGCCGGCGUGCACGGCGUCGACGCUGAAAGCCUCGCAUGGCUUCGACUGCAUGCUUGCGCCGUCGCCGUCAGUGAAGGUGCACUGGAAGUGGCCGACAGCGUCGGGAGGCACUCCGUUCGCAGUUGAGGGCCCCGCGAACGCGCAGUACAUCUCACUGGGAUGGACGGACCGCGCUGGGCUCAUGUUCCCGGGGUACGCAGUCAUCGGCUGGGUCGCCCUGGGCGUCGCACCGCACGUGGGGGCGUACCGCAUGUCGGACCGCAGCGCCGCGGGCGUGGAGCCGUCGUCCGACUUCGCGCUCACGGACGCCAGCAUCGAGGCCAGCAGCGGCAGCUACCUCAUGAAGUUCACGGUCGCGCCUGCCGGGGGCCGGCGCCGCGCCCAGGCCGGUCUCCCACAGCUGUUGUCUUCCAAUGGCCUGAACCAUAUGCUCUGGGCUGUCGGACCCUCACGCACGCCCGGGGGGCCGUUCGGCACGCACCCGCUACAGGGCGGCUUCGAUCUUACGCUCGUUCUCGCCGACGCGGUGCCAGCGGGCCCCAACCAGGGGCCACAGCGGCAGCAAGGCGCGCCUGACACGGGCGGCGCCGCGCCGACGACGCCUGCAUCGGGGGACAGGCAAGCUCCAGCCGCCCCGAAGUGCACAGCGUCGACGCUGCAGGGUGCGACGAGGGCGUACGACUGCAUGCAGUCGGUAGCGGCUGGUGUCGCCAUUCACUGGAUGCUUCCGCGCGCAGAGAGCCCGAACGAGGUUCCUGCAAUGGCGAUCGAGGGCCCCGAGACGAGCUACAUAUCGCUUGGAUGGGGGGACUCCCCGGGGUCCAUGGUGCCUGGGUAUGCGGUGAUCGGUUGGGCUGACACAGGCUCAAACGACCCCCCCCACGUGGGCAUCUACCGCAUGGACGGCAGGAGCGCGGGCGGCGUGACGCCCACGACCGAAGUCGCUCUCAGCUCGGCGUCGAUCAGCGUCGCCAACGGCCGAUACGUCAUGGAGUUUCACGUUGCUGGUACCGCAGGGGCAGGGGCUGCGGCGCGGCGCCGGUUGAGCCAGGGCGCCCCGCGGCUGCUGGACCCGCUCGGUGCAAACAACAUGCUGUACGCGCUCGGGCCGGCCGGAGCAGCGAAGGGUGCGUUCCGCACGCACACCGUCGAUGGCGGGUUCACGCUCAACCUGGUGACGGGCGCGACGGGGUCGACCGGGCACCCGCUGCACGCGACGUUCGUUGCGCACGGUAUCCUCGGUCUCCUCGGCUUCGUCGUGCUGUUCCCCGUCGCGGUGACGUCUGCCGCGCUGAAACAGGGCUUCCGUGGGUGCACUGGUGUCACGACGAUGCCGCUCUGGAUGGACGUGCACCGCGCUGCUGCGUUCCUAGGCCCGGUGUUCGGCGGCGCGGCCGUCGCGCUCAUCGUCGUCAAGGGCAACGGCGGCGCGGGCGCGCAGGGGCUUGCGUUCCCUACCCACCGCGUCCUCGGUUGGGCGGUCGUUGCGGCCGGAGCAGCCAACGUGCUGAUCGGAAAGAUUCGGCCGGGCAAGGACCACCGGUACCGCACGCUGUGGUUCCUGGCGCACCGCGUUACUGGCUACGGCGCGCUGGCCGGAGGCAUAGCAGAGUGUUUCCUGGGCGUCGUGGUGAUGCGCGACGCGGACGACGAUGUCGGCGGGAUGCUGGUGGCGCUCGGCGCGACAGCUGCGACGUCCGCGGUCCUUGCGGCGGUCCUGGGCGUCUCGAUGGCCCUGCUGCGGCGCACCGGUGAUGCGGUGGUGACGCAUGCGGCUCUGUCGCACGACAGCGACAGCAAGGGCACGCUGGGCGUGUUUGCUUCGCCUGCUGCCACGCGGAUGGACUCGAUGGAGCUGAGGACGCUCGCUACGACGGACGUGGGGCCGCUGCAGCUGUUGUCGCAGGGUGCUGUGGGACCGGUGCCUGUGCCGGUGUCGGACAGAGGUGUGCUGUGCGACAGCAGCCGAUAG